CAGAGAAAGCACAUCUCACAGCUCUUCAUCAAUUCAAGCUAGGCCUAAUCUUCCGCAGCCACUAAACCGUACAAAAUCUCGUUUGCUCAUCAGUUUCGCUGUCCAAAAAACCCUCACAUGACCCAGAUGACCUGUCAUAUAAAAGAGGACUCUUUUGGAUCGACCUCAGUCACUCGCCACCAUGUUGGGCAUCAUACUGGCCCUAUGUGUUACUUUGGCUGCGGCUGGUGACCACCAUCUACAGUAUGAGUUGGAGUUUGCGAGCAGUAAGACUUACGUUUAUUACUAUGAGGGUCUGGUCUUGAGUGGUCUCCAAGAACAAGGCUUUGCAAAGUCAGGACUGAGGCUAAAAUGCAGAGCGGAGAUCAGCGGGGCGGCUGCCCGGCUCCGAUUCCUUAAGAUUCGCGAUAUUGAAAUCCAGGAAUUUAACGGCAUUUGGCCCACCGAUAAAUUUACAAGUUCCAGUAAACUCACUAGAUUAUUGGAAAAACAGCUGGCUGAGCCUAUUAAGUUUGAGUACAACCGCGGUCAGGUUGGCGAUUUGCACAUACCGAAGGGAUUAUCGGAGACUACUGUGAAUAUAUUGAGAGGCAUUGUGAACAUUCUGCAGCUCACCAUAAGGAAAACCCAGAACAUCUAUACAGUGAAAGAGAAUGGCAUCGGAGGCUUUUGUUAUAACAACUACUUGAUUCAAGAAAACCAAAAACCAAACCAAUUGCUUAUUACCAAAUCCAUAGACCUAAGUAACUGUGAGGAGAGACAACAGAUGGUCACCGGCAAUGCGUAUUUCCACACUUGUACCAACUGUAAGCAGAGAAACAAAAAUACUCGAGCGGUAGCCACCUAUAAUUAUAAGGUGAAGGGUACAGGGACGGGAGGCCGAUUACUGGAGGCGGAGGUGAAGGAAGUCCACCAGUUCACACCCUUCAAUGAAAUCCAGGGUUCUAUGGUGGUGGAAGCAAGGCAGAGACUUGUGUUACAAGCAGUUCAAGAGCAGAUUCAUUCGACCCCAGAGAAUAAUGACUAUAUUACCAAAGAGUCACUACGCUAUCACUUUGAGAAGAAACUGAUUCAAACUCCUAUUCACUUGUUAAGAACAAAAAACACAGAGAGCCAGAUCAGUGACCUUCUGCAUCAUUUAGUGCAACAUAAUGUAGGACCAUUGUCUAAGGGAUCUCCGGAGAGGUUUAUGGAACUGGUGCAACUUUUGCGAAUGACAGAAUAUGAAAACAUUGAAAGUAUAUGGAAACAAUUUUCAGAGAGGACUCAUUACAGGCGCUGGUUCUUAGACGCAGUUCCUUCCAUCGGUAAUCAUUUGUCACUGAGGUUUUUAAAGGUGAAGCUCAGAGAACUCAGCGAGUUUGAGGCAGCACAGUCUGUACUGAUGGCUUUACAUUUAAUUAAAGCGGAUCGGGAAGCAAUCGCAGAAGCGAAGUCUUUGCUGGAGGUUAUAAAGUCUAGAAGGAGUUCUCUGCUACGGAAGGUUACUUAUCUUGCCUAUGGAUCAUUGGUUUAUAAGUUCUGCAGCAAAGAGAAUGUCUGCCCAGAAGAAGCUCUGCAGCCUCUACACGAUCUUCUGUCUGAAGCUACUGAGACGGUGCAUAAAGAAGACAUCAUCUUGGCCCUGAAGUCUCUUGGGAACGCAGGACAAGUAGUUUGUAUAAAGCGCAUCACCAAGUAUAUUCCAGGAUUCUCAUCCAUGGCCUCUAGCCUACCGCUACCUGUCCAGGCUGCCGCUGUAAUGUCAUUGAGAAAUAUCGCCACGAACCAUCCCACAAAGAUUUUGGAUAUUUGCCUACGGUUAUUCAUGGACACGCAGCAACACCCAGUAAUCCGAAUGAUAGCCGCAGGGCUGGUCAUGGACAACAAGCCUCCGGCUGCUACGGUGAUGGCCAUGGCCAAGUCUCUGAUGAAGGAAGACGACGGGCAAGUGGGCAGCUUUGUGUAUUACUUAAUGAAGAGGCAGAGUAAAAGUGUCACUCCGGAUCUUCAAGAUGUGGCUGCUGUCUGCAAUAUGGUAACCUCAAUUCUGAGGUCAAAAUACGAAGCUACUAGAAACGCAUUUCGCAGUGGAUUUUCUUACAACGCGUUUUCAGAUUCCCUUAUGUCUGGGUUUGAAAGCACAUUCAAUAUAAUACACAACCCGUCCGACAUUCUCCCCGUAGCGGCUCUCGGAAGACUCAAAGCCUACUUCAUGGGGGUUUUUACUGAUCUGUUUGAGAUCGGCUAUCACGCUGAAGGACUUCAGGAAUUAUUAAUGAACAGGCAUUUGUACUCGCCUCAAAGCGGGCUUCAGAAUCAAAAGGGAAUUAUGGAUAUGCUUAAAAAGCUCCACCACUGGAAACCACAUUCUUCCAGCGAAGCUCUUGCAUCAGUUUACCUGAAAAUGUUUGGACAAGAGAUUAUCUACCAUGGGCUGAACAAGAACUCCUUAGAGAGCAUUCUCGAGUUUCUUCCCAGUGACAAGUAUACUGCAUUAAGUUCUGCUGUGAAAGCUCUUCAGGAUGGCGUGGAUAUAAAUUGGUCUAAACCCUUACUAUCAAGUGAAAAUCGUCUUGUCGUACCAACCUGUGUGGGUCUCCCGCUGGAAACCAGUUUGUACUAUGCAUCUGUCACAAGAGCUGAGAUACAAGGUCAAGCUCAAUUCACUCCUGAACCAAAGGACCCAACUUUUUUCCAGUUGCUUCAAUCUGACAUGAACCUGAAAUUGAAAUUUUCUAUAAGCAUGACCAAGGAUAUUGUGUUUAUGAUUGGGGUGAACACCGAUCUUAUCCAGGCUGGAAUGGAAAUCCGAACACAAGUCCAUCUAAUUCUUCCCGGAAAUGUGGAAGCUGCUGUUAAUGUGGAUGAAAACCGCUACAAAAUAGAUUUUAUUCCAGCUCAACAAGAAAAUGAAGUUCUGUCGAUAAGGUCAAAGGCUUUUGCUAUAACAAGGAGUGUGGAGAAUUUAGCGGCUGCUAAAAUGACUCCGGUUGUAGCUGCUGGAACAGAACCAAAUGUACUGAAGCAGACCUUUAAUCCAAGAGACUUGUCAGCGGGGGACACGCCAAGGACCGAGGGAACGUUUUCAGCAGAAGUUCUGAGCGAAGAGAAGGAAUAUUGGUCCUAUCAGCCGCACAGACGCGCAUUUUCCCAGGAUUUUUCCGCUUGUGCUCGGACAAGUCAUUUUGGCUACCAAGUUUGCUUGGAGAGGAAUAGCUUGACCGCCGGUUUUGCCAGAAACUGCCCGCUUUAUCAUGUGCUUGGGGAACAUUCUUUCAAGCUUAUAUUUAAGCCAGCGCACACGGAUGCCUCAGUCGAGAAAAUACAAAUAGAAUUUCAAGCAGGGCCCGGGGCAGCCAUGAAAAUGGUGCGUUCAGUAAACGUACGGAGAACUGAUGGUGAAAGUCACGAGUUGGAAAACCCAAUAGACAACAUGGCUCUUUCAAAGCUGAAGAAAAUUCUCAGUAGCGGCGAUGUUAGGUUGGAAGAGAAUGAAUUGAUGAACAGCUCAAGUGCGUCAUCUAGUAAUAGUUCAUCUAGUUCUGGACAUACUCCUGAGAAAUCAAAGCAAGGAAAUAAGCAUAAACAACAUAAAAAGCAUAGACAACAUGAGAAACAUCAAAGCAAACACCAUCACAGAAACCAAAAUAAAGAGCAUCAACAUUCAGGAGGACAUCAUGAAAAUGAAGAAAUCCAUGGGCACAAACGUCAUCACAUUAAAGAAAAAGGCAUGGAAAUCCACUGCAAGUGUUGGCCGGAAGAACACCAGCGUGACGCCUAUGAACAUGAAAGUGAUCUCAAAAACCCACAUGAAAAAGGAGGAAACAAGAACAUACAUAAGGACUCCCAAGAAAUAGACCACCAUCAGGCAGGUCACCAUCAUGGACAUGAUCACAACAAAGGGCAGAAACAUGAACAUCAGCAUCACCAAAGAGAUGAGCCAGAAGAGCAUAAACAUCAGCCCAAGGCCCAACAUCAUGCAGGUCACCAUAGAAAUGAACCCAAGGCCCAAAAUGGAAGUGAAGAACAGAAAGUCCAACAUCAUGCAGGUCACCAUAGAAAUGAACCCAAGGCCCAAAAUGGAAAUGAAGAAAAGAAAGUCCAACAUCAAGCAGGUCACCAUGAAGGACAUGAUCACAAGAGAGGGCAGAAAGGAGAAGAACAUCAGCAUCACCAAAGAGAUGAGCCAGAAGAGCAUAAACAUCAACCCAAGGCCCAACAUCAUGCAGGUCAACAUGAAGGACAUGAGCAGAAAGUAGAAGAACAUCAGCAUCACCAAAGAAAUGAGAGAAAAGAGCGUACACAUCAACAGAAGGCCCCACAUGGAAAGGAAGAACAGAAUGGCAGACAUCACAAAGAUAAGCUUGAGAGUAGCAACGAAAAACAUCAACAUAAAGGUGAAAGAGAAGAUGACAACUGGGGGGAGGAUAAUGACCAUCACAACACUAAAAAACACUCUGAUCGGGCAGGUGGUCACCAUGAACCACAAGGUAGAAAACGUCACUGUACUUGCUGGCGUAGACCUAAAGUAGACCAUCGCAGAAGACAUCAUGCUAAGAAAGACCAGCAGCCUCACAAAUGUCAACAUUCUCAAGAACAUGGCAAGACGAAAAGCGAAGAGGAAAAAUGUAAAUUCCAAAGCAGUGAGAAGAGCAGCAGCAGUAAUAGUAGCGAGAGCAGCAGUCACAACGUGCAACGGGCACACUCCAGGAAAGAAGACAGACAACAACAUCCAAGAAAACAGCUGCAAAGUAGCAGUGAAAUAAGUAGCUCAAGUCAUAAGAAGCAUGGCAAGAAGCAUGGAAAAAAUCACUGGGAAAGUAUCAAGGACAGCUCUGGGACCAAAAAAGGUCAUAAACAGAAAAAUGACCACAAAAAAAAACAUGCAGUCCCCUGGAAAACUAUAAGAAAAAACAGCAAAAACAACCCUAAAUUUGCAGAUAGAGGCAAUUGUACAGAUUGUGGUGAGAGCAGCCGUAUGUCUCCGGAAUCCCAGUCCCAGUACGACUCAAACUACAUGGAAUUUUUUGCCCCCCAAAUUCACACUGCUAAGUUCACAUCAACAUCUUCUCUUCUGAAUUCACAAAGAAGCAGCAGCAGUAGCAGUAGUAGUAGCAGUAGCAGUGGCAGUGGAAUGGACUCCUUGCCAUUCGAGAACUUACCUAACGAAACUCCCCCUACGAUGGUUCUUUUGGUGAAAUCCUUCAUGACUGAUACAAAGUACGAAGGGUUUCAGGCUGCGGCUUACAUUGAUCCGAUCAGGCAUAAAGCACGGGUCAUCACGGUUCCUCUGGAUCACAAAAGUUCCUGGAAGACAUGUUUUGAUGCCUCCGUUUCUAGAUUCUACAAAGCAUCAGCAAUGCUGAGAUGGGGUGAAAAUUGCCAAGACUAUAAGAUCACAAGUCAACUCUCCACCGGGAAGCUAGCCGGAUCUCCAGCAAUGCAGCUCUCCUGGCAGUGGGAUAGGCUACCAUCCUGGCUGAAGAGUGCAGCUGGGAGGCUCAUGACCUAUGUGCCAGGUGUAGCGUACACAAUGGGAUUCUCACAAGGGUUCCAUUCAAAUCCAUCUCACCAGGUCACUGUAAGAGUGGCAGCCACCUCUCCAGACAUGUAUGACACCAUCCUGAAGACACCAGAGAUGACAUUUUAUAAACAGGCUGUACCCAUCCCGUGGGAUCUCGCGCUUGGCACUCGCUGGCUCAGACACCUUCAUCUAAUUGAACUCACAAAUCUUCCAAAAGUAUCAUCGAUGGUCAGAGGUAGCCAUGGAGUCGAAUGUAAAGUGGACCUUGAAAAAAUUGUAACAUUUGACGGAAAAGAUCUGGGCUGCUCCCUGUCCCCGACAAAUUGCUACACGGUGAUCGCACAAGACUGCACCAAUCAAUUACGGUUCCUGAUCGCGAUGAGAAAGAUGGGUCAAGGAUUUUCAACCUUUGAAAUGAAUGUCAUCCUGGGCUCCUCCAAUAUUAAAAUCUAUUCUGACACUUCAGAGGAAUUCCGCGUUCUGCUGAACGGAAUGUGGUUGCUAUUAAAGAACGACACGUACACAAAUGAAAAAGAUUGUAUCAGAAUUCAUAGGAACGCAGCAACUCUGACAUUAAAGGCGCCAAAGAAUGGUGUUGAGCAGAUUUCAUUCGAUGGACAAUCAGCCAAGGUUCAGCUUUCUCCACUGAUGCAUGGUAAAAUCUGUGGCCUUUGCGGGAAUGCCGAUCUACUUCAACAAAACGAUUUCCAAAAGCCAAACCAUGAUGUGGCCAGGAGUUGUGUCGGUCUAGUUCACUCAUGGAUGUUGCCGGAAAAUUCAUGUGGAUCAAGUUGUGCAUUGGGCCAGCAAUAUAUCAUGUUGGAAAAUGAGCGUAUUGAGGACCAGCAGUCAACUUGCUAUUCGGCAGAGCCAGUAUUAACCUGUGUAAAGGGAUGUCAUCCCGAAACGUCAGUGCAGAUGACCAUGGCAUUUCAUUGCCUUCCUAAAGAAUCAGCAAUGAGGCUGGAGGACUGGCAGGCUAACCCCAAAGUGUCAUCACCAGAAGACCUCAUUAAAGAAGUGGAGGCUCAUACCAGCUGUGUGUGCACAGAAGAAUGCGCCAAAGUAUAACAACACAGAUGUAGCAGAGCCGAAAUCUUCAUUUUCAGGCAUAGAAGAUACGGUAAUCUAGCAUGUCUACCACCAAAAAUCCAUCGUGGUGUCCCAAUGGCAAAAUGACAAGAACAGCUCUGCUAUACGUCACAAACACAAUGUGCAUUCAAAUAAAAAAAUAUAUUUCAAACAAAUUUAUUCAUGAAAAAACAAGUCUUUGCUGAUUUCUGGGUUUGCGCUGUUAGAACGAUACGUGAGGUACCUGAGGUUGGUC